AAAAUAAUAAAUAAAUUAAGAACAAAAUAAAUAAAACAAGAGAGGAAGAGGAAAGUGGGAAGGCCCUCUCUCUACAAUCAAUUCUUCCUUCCCAAAAAACUCUUCCUUCGUAAUAAUAAUCAAUUAUUCGCCCCUUCGAAUUAUUAAUUUCCAACGAAAAGAAAAAAAAAAAAAAAAUCAAGAUUCCGGCGAGUCAGCGGCGGCGGCGUUGGUGGCACGGUGCAUGCAUGGUUAACCAUUCAAUGAGGAAGCUAUGUCCGAAUCUUGACAAAGAAGGCGGUCUGGAGACGGUGCUAGAGGUCCCCAUACCGGAGGAGAUGUUCAACAAGAUGGGCAGCAACGCCGUCCUCCGGUGGCACAACAUGCGCAACCUCAUGCGCGCCCAGCACCACCACCGCAGCUCCGCCGCCGAUAAGUGGGCGUCGGUGACCAACCCAUUGUCUUCCGGCUCCUCCUCCUCCUCCGGCACCACCACCAACAAUAUUGAUCAGUUCAUGCUUCUGUUGAAGCUUGUGGGGUCGGCCUUCAUACCUUAUCGGGUCCAGCUGGAUCGGGCCAUCACAAAGCCCAUUAAGGAUGGCUCCAUUGAAGCCUCCACGGCAAAGUACAUAGUGCAACAAUAUCUAGCGGCGACGGGUGGACUAUCGGCAUUAAAUUCUAUAAAUAGCAUGUACGCGGUUGGUCAAGUGAAGAUGGAGGUGGCAUCGGACGGAGUUCAACAACAAAAUAACGAGCCCGCUAAAAGAAGUUGCGAGGCGGGUGGUUUUGUGCUUUGGCAGAAAAAUCCCGAUUUAUGGUACCUUGAGCUCGUUGUUUCGGGGCACAAGAUAAGUGCGGGGAGUGAUGGGAAAAUUGCGUGGAGCCAAUCUUCGUCGAAUUCGAAUGCUACUAGAGGCCCCCCUAGGCCCCUUCGAAGAUUUUUUCAGGGAUUAGACCCGAGAUCAACGGCCAACCUUUUCUUGAACACGGUGUGCAUAGGCGAAAAGACCAUACAAAACGAGGAUUGUUUCAUACUCAAGCUCGACACGUGCUCGGAGAUUCUCAAGGCACAAAGCACCCCGAAUACGGAAGUCGUCCACCACACGAUAUGGGGGUAUUUCAGUCAAAGAACGGGGCUCUUGAUCCAAUUCGAGGACACGAAGCUAAUACGAAUGAAGACGCCCGUAGGGGACGAGAGCGUGUUUUACGAGACGAGCAUGGAGUCGGUGCUCGAGGACUAUAGAAUAGUGGACGGGAUAAAUAUAGCGCACGGUGGGAAAACGAGCGCCUCGUUGUAUAGAUACGGAAAGACGUUGAAGAGGAAGUGGAAGUUGGAGGAGACUUGGAAGAUUGAAGAGGUUGAUUUCAAUAUUUGUGGCCUUUCUUUUGAUUAUUUUUUGCCACCUGCAGAGGCUGUCAAGAAGGGGAAUGAACCUUAUGAGAAUGGUAUUUGAUGCUUGGAAUUUUUCUUUUAUUAUUUGUUUAGAUGAAAUUGGUUUUUUUGUAAAUAUAGAGGCUAAGGGCAAAAGUGUAACUUCACUUGUUUUUCCUUUUGGAUACAACAUGUUUUUCCUUUUUCCAACAUUUGGAACAUUGAAAAGGGGAAGAAUGGAGAUUUUAGUAUUAUCGUUGUUAGAGUAUUUACUA